AUGCCGCCUAAGUUCGAUCCUAAUGAAAUUAAAAUCGUAAACUUGCGAUGCGUCGGUGGAGAAGUUGGUGCCACUUCAUCUUUGGCUCCUAAAAUCGGUCCUCUUGGUCUGUCCCCCAAGAAGGUUGGUGACGACAUUGCCAAGGCGACCAGUGACUGGAAGGGUCUUAAGAUCACCGUGCAGCUGAUUGUACAGAACAGACAGGCCCAGAUCUCUGUAGUGCCCUCUGCCGCAGCCCUCAUCAUCAGAGCACUGAAAGAGCCACCACGUGACCGCAAGAAGCAAAAGAACAUCAAGCACAAUGGCAACAUCACUCUUGAGGAUGUUAUCAGCAUCGCCAAGACCAUGAGAGCCAGGUCAAUGGCCCGUUACCUGUCUGGCACAGUCAAGGAGAUCCUUGGUACCGCACAGUCUGUCGGCUGCACAGUCGAGGGCAGGCCUCCACAUGACCUCAUCAAUGACAUCAACUCUGGUGCACUCACCAUUGAUGAAUAA